UGGAGUUUUUCAUAUUGUGAGAGACGUCUUUGUACACUGAGUGUGUCUUAGGCUUUUUAUCCAAAAAGAAUUAUUCAGAAAAUAAAAAAGUUGGUAUAAAGAGAGUGUACUAGCGCUGUAAAAUGCAGCAUUUAGAAGAAAGCAUGGCUGUGGCGAAUACAACAGACUUCCUACGAAAAGCUGAACACCUAAGAAAGCUGGUGGAUAAACAUGAAAAAGAAAGAGGAGCAAGCAAGCAUAGAAGGAGGAAUGACCUGAGAGAGUGUUUCUGUGAGUUAGAAGAAUUUGAGAACAAGCUGAACAUGGAGCUUAAGGCUGAAAUUGUGAAAGUGCAGCAACAGCUACAAAAAAUCCGAAAUGGUGUAUACAUAUUCCAGGGGCAGCUGAUGGAUGUGAAGCCAUCUCCCACUUUGAUACAAAAACUUAAAGACAUCAUGGGUGAGAUCGAAACCUCUAUCAGCACUUUCAAAGAAGAGCAACAGCAAAGUUUUGAAGAGCUCUUGCUGGAAGAAAGGACUUGCUGGCAAGAGAUGUGUGCCUUUGAAAAAAAGAUUGACUCUUGGAUAUUGGAUGGAAAGAAGGACGUUAAGUUUCCUUUAGUUCGGAAAUCCAAGCAUAGCACGGCCACAAAUAGGAGACAGGAGUUUCCUAUAGAAGUGACUGCUCUGGAAACUUUCCUGCAGCACACUGGAGGAAAACUGGGCGGCUGGGACCAGUAUGACCACCAGAGCUUCCUAAAGGUGUGGACCAAACACCAUGGCAAACCUUCCUACAGGUCCGAGGUUAAUCUAUACUUACCAGGCAAGACUGAGGAGGAUAUAAGAUUGCAUGAGGAGUGGUAUCUGGAAAUGUGCUACCUCCAGGAAAAAAAGAAAGAGGCUAUUCAGAAAUGGAGGUCAAAAAGGCAAAGUGAAAGGGAAGCUCGUGUGCAGCAUGAACACCAGGUUGUAGAGGCUGAGAGGAAUGAGCAAGAAGUUUCUCAAGCCAAAGCCGAGCGCCUCAAACAGGAAAAGGAGCGCAGGGAAACAGCACUCCGUCUGGAGGCCUGGAGGAAGCAGCGGAAGCAGCAGCAGGAGCAGGAGGAGGAGCAAAGUCGUAGGGAAGAAGUGCUGAGGAGUAAACGACUAAAGGAGGAAAGGCGGAGACAGCAAGAGGUCAAACUCACUGUGGAGGCUCAUAUUAGGGAAAAAAAAGAAGAGGAGGAGCUGAGAAUGCUGGAGAAGGAAGAGCAGGAGCGAGUGGAGGUGGAAGAGAGGAGGAGACUGGCUGCUGAAGGCAUCAAACGGUUUCAAGAGAGGGAUCUACAUAAACUUGAGACAAAACUGCAGGAAAAGCAAGCUAAAGAGGAGGAGGAAUUGGAACGGCUGAAAAAACUGACUAAACUAAAGGAGAAGGUUGAAAGUCACAUCAGCCGAGAUCCUUCAAGACUCUGGAAACCAACUAAAGGAUGGGGAGAACGCACCAAACAUAUUGAGCCAACAGGGGGUGGACCUGUCUAUCACAUGUUUCAUAGGGCAAUACCUACAUGGAGACAGGACCUUUAAAACUGCUUUAAUGACCUUCAGGGCAUCCAGAAAUAAAUACCAUUGCUUUUUUUUAAUUAUUAUAAUUUUUUUGGAUUUUUUCCCCCGAUUUUCUCCCUAAUUUAGUCGUGGCCAAUUCCUCCGCGUCACUAGGGGGCUCCCACAUUAAGGCUGCUACUACCAUUCAGCCGGGAGGGCCGAAGACUAUCACGUGUUUCCUCGCGUGACACCAGCCGACCGCAUCUUUUCGAACUGCUUGCACACUCGGAGGAAAGCGCUAGCCUUUCGCGUGCGCGAGCUCACAGAUGCCCCUGAUUGGCUGUAGAGCCGUGAUUAAUGUGGGAGCACAAAGUACCUCUCAUCCCUCCCCUCUGAGAGAGCUCUCUCUAGGGGUCCGGCUGUGAGAGGUAACAGCAUCACCCGGGAAUCGAACCAGCGACCUCCGGAUGAUAGGGCGAACCAUUAAAUAACCAUUGCUGUUUGUGUAUAUAAUGACUCUGAUUCUGAUAAAGGUGAUACAGGUCCAUGUUUACUGUUUGUAAUGCCAUUUAUGUAAAAAUUUUGGGUGUUUGUUUAAUUAUAUUGUUCACUGUUAUUUACACACAAAAGUAAAAAAUCAUUAUCACUAAUUAUACUAAAUCAUACUUCCAAAUAAAAUAAAAAGUCUGAACUUAAAA